UGGCGACGGACACCUGCUAAACCCUAACGACAACAUUUCAAGCUAGUUUUGCAUGCACACGUAUCGUUAUCUCUCUGUUUUAGCAUAGAAGCAUCAUGUCCGGAGAAACGAAAAAGAUGGAUGGCCAUUCUCCAGUGAACAAGUAUGACUUGCUGAGUCUGGAGCAUUCUUCACUGACAGAGGAGCGCAUGAUCCUUGCCUUCCAGGCGCUUGAUGAACUCGUCCCUCAACUCGGCAUCUUCACAAGGAUCUUCCGCAAACUACGAGAUGAUUUCUUCGAGGCGGUGUACAGCGAGGAGCUGACGGGGAGUUCGGAGAAGGAGGAGGAGGAGGAGGCGCGGUACAUCCAGCGUAUCCCGUACUUCCUCCUGGUACAGAGAGUCUACAAGGAAAGACAUGCACAGGGCGACGAGCUCAAGGAACAACUAGAUGUUGUCAAGGAAAGGUUGUUCGGCAAACACCAGCAGCUGGAGGAGAGUCUGUCCAUGGUGUCAGAGCUACAGACCCUGGUGGAUGACCUCACGGCCAAGAUCUCAGACCUCGAGAACAAUGUUGCUGAGAAAAAGAUUGAAAUAGCCAGCUUGGAGCAGAAACUGGACACCACCAGACUAGCAGCAGACGUCAUGCAGGACAGACUGGAGGCCGACAUACACCACCUGGAGGACGUGCUGAAUGAGGCAAAGAAAGAGACGGAUUUUCUAUCUAAGUUCAAGAAAGGUUACGAUGAUCUAUAUGAUGCAUUCCUUGAGAAGACAGAUGAGGAAGAAGAAGACACCAAGCCGAAGAAGCGGGCCGUCAUCUCCACCAAGAGAGCAAACCUCAUCAGCCAGAUCGAGUGCUGCAGCAAGCUGGAACAGCAGCUCCUUACUGUUCUCAACACAUCCAUGGAGGAGUUUGACCACUUCCUGGAGGAGCACAAGGAGGAGCUGGAGAGCAAGGUGACCACAGAGGACAUGACGGAGGCUGAGUUCGAGAUACAGGAGAUGGAGAUAGAGGAUGCCGACCAGCAGCUGCAAACAGUUCAGGAACGUUUCCAGGUGACCAUAGGCGAGAUGAUGACAGAGCUUGGGUUGCUACGGCAACACAACACAAUGUUGAUGGAGCAGUUGCAAACACUGGAGGAGAACAUGCCGCCAUCACCAAGCAAGAAGGAGCACAAGUCAAACAGACUGGGAAUUGAGACAGGCACCAAGAGAGACUCAAUCCUGUCCGCGGGACUGGGGGAGGGUGACAUGGAGGAGACGAUGACCGAUCCGUUCAUCCCCCAGGAACGUGUAUUCAGCAAGUACGCUGCUAUGAUCUACACGUCCAACAACACUGGGAAGACGUUUGAAGAGUUCAAAGAUGCCAAAUAUUGCCCUAGCUGUGGAGAAAAGACUGUCGUGUGCCCACACCGACUCGGGGGAUCGGAGAAAGUCUUCAUCUUGCCACACAACUGCACACACAUCAAGAUUACCCGGCCCAAAGUCCGCAUCAACAGAGAUCUUGUGGAGGGCAUCAUGAAGCCACCGACGCCCGACACCGCCUUCGACAUGAUCCCCAGCUCCGUGUCCCAGCACCAGGACGCCAUGACCACGCCCACUGGUCCCCUCACCCCCGGGAUGUCUCGAGGGGGGACAAGCAUGGCCGGAGGGGAGGCAACCAUGGUGAACACAAUGCAGGCGGUGUGGGAUGACUUCCGUCAGAGGACCAAUGUAGAAAGGACAGUCUCCAGGCCCCUGGAACUGCCCCGCACGGUGUCGAUGAUGGAGCAGUUCCUGGCGUUCAUUGUGUGGCAGGACGACUACGGGGAGGAGGAGGAUGGCUGCCACUCCGUGAUGGACAACCUGUACCGUUUCCUGACAGAGCGCUACCUGGUGGAGGAAGUGGUGUACAUGGCCGCCCAUGACUUCCUGUCCGCCAUUACGGAGUAUUCGGCUACCAACAAGCUUCUUCAGCUGCUUGGCACCGUCCUGAGCGGCAACUUGGAUGCAUCAUGUCUGAGGUACGUGCUGCUCAUGUGCGACUUCGUCAACACCGUGGACUGGAGGGAAGUGGAGGACUUCAGGGCGUUCGCCUCCGCCGUCUACCCCUUCCUCGGGGAGGAUGACCUCGAGACGCUGCAGAUGAGUUACCAGUCCUUCAGUGAGAACAGAAUCUCAGCUCACAUCGUCUCAAACUUCCUCGUCCACAUCAUCCUCAAGUACCGUGAACCCCGCUUCCUGGAGUUGGAGAAUCGGCUCUUGCCGUUCCAAUCACUGGAGGGGGGUCAGCUGACAGGGAGAGAGUUCAAGGACGCUCUGGAGAACAUCCUGCCUCUAGUGAACGACCGCCUGCGUAAACGUCUCUUCCUGGAGGCAGAGCCUAGUGUCCUUGUGGAGGAGGACAUGUCAGCUGUCUCCAUCAUGAGGCUGGCUCAAAUCUCCAGCUACCUUGCUGUCUGUCAGAUAACUCCAAUCAUCCGGGAAAACGUUGUGAGCUGCGUCGCCAACUGGCGGGAGAGGCCAUCAAGUGCAGGAUCCAUCAAGCAGUCUUCCUCCGACACUCCCAACUCCAUGUCCGACCACCAGGUUCUGAGUAUGGCCGCCGUCAAGAAUCUCGCAUCCAACGUAUCCCGACGCACAAAACAUCGGCAUCAACGUCUCAUGACAGAAGAUUAUUCAGGGGAUUUUGGAGUAGACUGGUGACCUAGAAUACAUUCCUAGAAACUCAACCUACAUUUUCACCUGUUUGAACUGCUGACAGGAAUAUGCGAUAUUUCAUACUAUAUACUUAAGUAAUCAGGUUGUUGAAGCACAAGGUAGCAAUAUCCCUGUCAAAAGUUGCAUGGUAUAUAUUAAUGAUGGCGUGAGGACAGGUUUCCGAGGACAGGUCAGUGUGAUUGUUUGCAAGAGUUGACUAUGCUGAAUGCUGUGAGGGCACAAAAUGUUGACCAGCAUUAGAAAUUGGCACUAGUCCUGUAGUCCUUGCCAAACUGCCCAAUAGUUAAGGUAUCAUAAGGACUAGUAGAAAUUUGCCAUUUUUAAUGGUUAUGCUGUAUGUUAUUAUAAGGACAGGUGGGCUAAAACUGUUAGUUUCUAAUUAAACUAUUUCUUAUAAGGUUUUAAUGUAAUCAAGGAUUGAACUAACAAAUAUUCUGUGAUGCAUAUAGCUGUGAAAACUGUUCAACCAAAGGAUGACGAAUAGCUUUCCAUUUGUUCGAAUGUGCUCAGCAUGUUAACUGACAUGGAUUGUCUCCCUUUCACCACUAGUACCAAACAUACUUUUAAGCAAACUGUGAUAUGUUGCUAUAUUUGUAAAUAAAUCUUGUUUCAUUUCCAAUCGUUAUUUCAUCUGUAGGGGUGGAUCAUGUUGUCUCAUCUAUUGUGCUCUGAAACUGAUGAGAUGGUGUAGCAUGAUGGUAAUUACAACAGAUAGACCAUCUGCCAACUUGUAUGAGUGAGUGAGUGAGUAUGGUUUUAUGCCGCUUUUAGC